AGUUUUGUGUCAAAAGUGAAGUCACGUAAAAAAUGCAAUGGGCGUUUAACAGUGAAUAAAACGAAUUAUUUUCAAUAAACAUAAAGAAAUUUAACAUAUUUAUAUUAAAAGAUAUUGUAGAAGUGUAGUGAAUAUUUGACAAAAAAAUUGGUACGUGGCGCGGUGUUAUAAAAAUAGAAAUAUAUUAUUUUCCUUUAACCGUGGAGGAAUUUCUCUACGCAAUAUAAUCACUGUUUUGACUAUAUGUACAUAUAUAUGCGAGUAUAUUAGAACCCGCCCACCACCCAACACCAAUAUUUGCUUUUUACGAGCCUACGAGCGUUACAAAAUUGUAAUUCACAACACUAAAUUUGAGACCGUCCAUAGUGCCAUUGGCUAACAGCGCCAAUUAAAGUUAAUUAAAUGUAAUUGUAAUGUUGACGAUUAGAUGAAAAGAGUGCGACGCAACUUUAGGGUCUGCUCAACGGAGUUUGAGCGUUGCACAUUUACACAUGCAUAAGUUUUGCUAUCCAUAUUAUUAAUAUACAAACGUAUAUAUAUGUACAAAUUUAUUAUUAUAUGUAUUGAUGCAAGUUGAAGAAACGCAAAUAAAAUUUUUUGAAUCGCGUUCAGCGUAAAAAUGCAUAAAUUAAAACUUUUAAUCACCACAAAACAAAGGUUUAAGUCUAAGGAUCGCAUAAUAAUGCCACCAUUGAAGACAUACUCGCCACACAACGAAUUCAAUGCAAAUUGUCAUAAUGGCAAUAGUACAACUGGCGAAGGUGAAAGUAAUACAUCGGCCGCUGCCGCAACAGCAUCUUCAAACUUAAGUGAUAUUUGUGGUGCUGUAAGCAAUGCAGGUGCACAACAACGCGCUUCACUGCCUUGUUACAGCAAUGCACAGUUUCCAUUCAAAGUACUAGCCAAUUUAAAUCAAUUACGUGCAGAAUCUCGUUUCUGUGACGUAGAAAUUGUUGCUGGUGGCAUUACAUUCAAUGCGCACCGGGCUGUAUUAAGCGCGGCCAGCGCCUACUUUGAGGCAAUGUUCCGCCCUGAACUUGGUUUGAAUGAAGUGAAUCAAAAGUCAGUGGUGCUACACACCAUAGAUGGCGAGAUCUUAAGCAUUCUACUGGAUUUUAUAUAUACAGGACGAUGUGAAAUAACACAGUCUAAUGUUCAAGAGCUGUUAGCUGCAGCUGAUAUGCUACAGUUGCCGGAAGUUGUAGACGGCUGCUGCGACUUUUUAUGCCGCGAAUUACAUGCUACCAAUGCAUUGGGCAUUCUACGCUUUGCAGAAGCUCAUAAUUGUGAGACUUUAAAGAAAAGUGCGUUGAACUUUGUCCACUCAAACUUUCCGGCGAUAACGCUCGAAGAUGAAUUUUUAGACACACCACAAACUCUACUCGCUCAGCUGCUUACUUCCGAGCAGUUGCGUGUCGAUUCAGAAUCUCAAGUAUUCCAAGCUGCAUUGCGUUGGAUAAAACAUGAUGUCACUCAACGUCGUUGCUACGUCUUUGACACGCUAUCACAUGUACGCUUAGCACUUGUACCCGUUAAAGUAAUCGAUCAGGCAUUGAAGGAUUGCCGGGAUAUGUCAGUAAAGAUUGCCUUACGUUCUAUUUGUCGCGAUAUAGCCUCGAAGCGUGGCCAAUUAGUGCCACUACGUGUCUGUCCGCGUCAACAAGCUAAAAAGAACAUCUAUAUUAUAGGUGGUUCGCGGCGUGAGUCACAGCGUGACUGGACACCAUCCGAUUGUAUUUUUGAAACAGUCGCAAAAUUCGAUAUCUUUCGGCGUGAAUGGUCCGAAACGGCACCAAUGGAAAUCGGACGUAUUCUACCUGGUGUAGCGGCAUUAAAUGGGAAAAUAUAUGUCAUAGGUGGCGAACGUGGUUCUCAAAUUCUAGCUAAUGGUGAAGUAUAUGAUCCACAAACUGAUGUAUGGACACCGAUAGCACCAAUGAUUGUGCCACGCUGUGAGUUUGGCCUGUGCACCUUCGGUGGCACACUGUUGGCGGUGGGCGGUUGGUUAGGUGACGAUAUAGGCGGUUCAAUUGAGUGCUAUGAUCCCGAAAAAAAUGCCUGGAGCAAGUUGGGCGAUUUGCCAGAACCGCGUUUCAGUAUGGGUGUAGUCAGUUUUGAAGGGCUUAUUUAUAUAGUUGGUGGCUGCACAACGUCUAGUCGUCAUUUGCCGGAUUUAAUUAGUUUCAAUCCCAUAACUCUCGAUUGGCAACCAAUGGCACGCAUGCGCACCGCCCGCUGCCAAAUGGGUGUCGCCGUGCUAAAUCGUCAUCUCUAUGUUGUGGGCGGCAAUAGUAGUUCACAGGAUGUGCUGAGCACAGUUGAGCGCUAUAGUUUCGACGAUAAUAAAUGGGAGAGUGUGUGCUCGAUGUCCGUACCGCGUGCUAUACCCGCUGUAGCUGCAGCUGAUGGCCUACUCUAUGUGGCUGGCGGCGAUCAGCCAUGCGAGGAUAACUUCUAUCGUGCUCAUAUCACUAUCAACGCCGUGGAAGCAUACGAUCCCCUGACUGACACUUGGAAAAAUUGCCCCGAUUUGCCUGUUGGGCGCUCGGAGGCUGGCGCUGUCGUUGUUUAACGCAUAUUUAUGCAUAACAACGUGACACUUUUGGGCAAUAACAACUGCUGCGUUUAUAUCAUUGUGCGUUUAGUAAAAACUAUGAAGUGUUAUACAAAACGUAUGCGAUAAAUUUAAUAUACGAUAGAUAGGAAACCUUAAAACUGAGGAAAAUCAAAUUUAAAUAUAUACACAUAUGUAUAUAUAAAGUGAACUUUCCACGUUAACGCAUUGCUAAAAAAAAAACAAAAAAAAAACAACCUUUUUAUUGGACGCAGG